AUGUUCUCCUCCAAAGCAACCUCCAGCUCGCCCAAAUACGCGCCCCUUGCGCCACACGACGAUGGCGAGGGCUCCAUAGCAACUGAGAAGCGUUCUUCCUCCUCGGACGACCACGACGACCACUCUGCCCCUUUGCUACAAGCCUCAGACAACAUCCCCGUCGACACACCAUCCAAGCCGUCCCAGCUGCCCAAGCUCAUCAUCUAUCUCUCGUUCGCCCUAGCGAUUUUGUCAACAGUGAAUGUUGCUCUCCUUCCCGCAACACUGUCCAAGUACCGCGCGUACCCCUUCUCCGACUCGGAGCUCGAAGCUCUCCCUUAUGGCAACGCUAGCCUAGGACUGGAGAGGGCAGCAGAAAUGAUGCCUGCUCCCCAGGUCUAUCGCCACUCUUGGCCGGAUAGAAUUGUGCGGGUCAGCCGGAAACUGAAGAGUGCCGUGUGGGGUCAUGGAGUGCAGGUGUAUAUUACAGUCGAGGAUUCGACAAUUAUGCGUUUUCCUAUCCCUUCUACUGGCGCCAACGCCUGCGCACUCUCCUGGCGGCCAUCUCCCGAGCUGUCUGCGCGUGCAAAGGACGUCACAACCAAGGGAGAUGUAACGGAAAUCGAAGUCUGGCAGCUUAUCGCACCGUCGGUCACGUCCGCCACCGUAUCUUCCCGCAGUCUAAAAGAGCUCGACUAUGAUACUUUGUCAUACUCGAGCCUUCCCGUACGCGGAGAGCUGCUCGGUGUGCUAGAUCUCACGGCCAAGCCGAAUAGCACAACAGUCGAGUUUGCCUGUCCCAGCGAGGCGGACAAUCUGGUGGUGGAGCUGAGAUGCCAGCGCGUGGCGUGUCAUGUGAGCUAUAUGCAGAUUGAUAUGGCGCCAAGGGUUGGGUUUGAGUUGGUGAGGAGGAGGGAAUGA